CAGGAGCUGUCGGGCAGGCCCACCUACGGGCGCGACGAGCUGCUGGCCGUUCUGGCCAGCAUGCCGCUCGGCCCAUCUGGCGGCGACGGCGGCCGCGGCGCAGGUAUUCAGACCAUCAAGUUCGAAGCGCCUCCUGGUCUCGAGCCCCUCGGGCUCGGCCCCGCCCCCGUGGAACAGCAGGAGGACCCCUCCCUGGACGACGAGGCGCUGCUCGCGAGGCUCGAGGCCCGGGAGGCCCGGGAGGCUGGGGCCGACAGGCACAAUGCCGAGACGUUCGGCCCUCACGCAGAGGUGGAGGAAGUCGGGCUCGCGGAGGAGGACGAGGCCGACGAGGCCUACCUGGCGAGCCUCGGCCUCUCAUACCUCAUCGACGACGAUGAGGCGGACUCCCUGUGCGGCGCUCGGGGCGAUGAGGAGAGCGACAAGGCUCGGCGCAUCAAGGCCGAGUUCCUUGCGCAGAUGGACGGGGUGGCGGCGUGGGACCUGCAACCGCACCAGGCCGACGGGGAGGCCUUCGAGGCCCAGGAGUUCUGGUGGAACAUGGCUGCCAUGGACCAGCAGUGCUACGCAGAGGAUAUGUGGGACUUCAGCGAGGGCUUCUUGGGGUACGAGCACUCCUCGUACUGGGGCUACCCGCAAAACAUGGAGGGCUUCCAGGACGGGCUCCUCAGCGGCGACAUGUACUUUGGCCUUGCCGACAAGUCCAGCUUCAUGUCGAUGGCCAAGGACCCGGAUGCGCACCUGUCCUCCACGGCGCCGAGCGACGCGGAGAGCGGUGGCGAGGAGGCCGAGCUGCCGCGGGAGCUGCGCCAGGCCAUAUGCUGGUGAGAAGGCAAAGACUUUCUCUAAGGCGUGCAAACUUCGCCGCCGAAGUUGGUGCCUCGCGCAGCUGCCCGAAGAUCAAUACACAUCCCAGACCUGAUCAGAGGCAAGCCUGUCAAGCAGCUGGCGGGCCUGUGCCCGCCCUUUUCCCCUGCUGGCUCGGCGGGUGUCGCCCGAGCGCGGCUUCCGAGGUGCUGCUCCCUCGCUGGCGCGGGGAGGGCGCGCCAGGGAAUGCGACUGAGGUGAGGUGGAGGGGGGUGGCGGACCUGCUCGCGGCGUGCGCCACUCUUGGCAGCCACCGCCCGGCAGUUGUCGCCGGCCGGCUAGGCGAUGCUGCCCGAGUCCUGACGCGGGAAACCGCCGCGCAAUUUCAAUUUACGCCCUGGCAGUUCGCUGCAUUGUCCCAGGGGUAGCCGCGUGCAUAGUACGAGUUCAAACGUGCUUGCUGCAGCGCGGCUGCGCAAGUACUGCGGGGUGCUUUGGAUUAACAAUGAUGUACGGCGGACCCACGCCAUCGCUGUGGUGGUCGUUGUUUGCGACCCCUGUCACAGCAUUCAAGAAAGAUGAUAUCGAA